AAAAAAGUAGGAAAAGGGGCAAUUCGAAAAAUGGGAGGGGGAAAAUUGUUUCGAAAGUAUUAUAAUUUACGAAGAGAUUUUAAAACGAAUGGUUUACUAAGAAGUAAGGCUUGUAGAAGAACUGCAGAUGCGGCAAAAAAACCAAUAACUAAAGCUGAACAAGAAGUACUUGAAUGGCUUAAAAACAAUGCUGCUCCAUGGCAAGAGUUAGAAGCAAAAUGGGCGGAAACGUAUGAAGCAAGAAAAUCGUAUUUUAUGGAUGUUAAUUCCAUUCACGAUUAUAUGAAAACAUUUAAAGGGCUUAAUGAACCAUUGGGUUAUGUCCUGCUUGAAUACGACUUUGCAACUCAAUAUCCAUACUUAAACAAUCGACUAUUGACAGCGUGGCCUGAAUUCUCAAAGAAAAUAAGUAAAUAUGCUUCUACAUUGAAAAUAGCUGAAGUAGAUGAAUGCUUAAAUUUCUUCGAUAACGAUAAUUUAUCAGAAGAUUCAAAAACAAUGAUCGUUUUGAAAAUAUUAAGCUAUUUGAUAAAACCAGUUCUAGUGGUUAAGAAGAAGAAUAAGAGUUCCUUUAAACCGUCAAGAAUAGAAAUGUUGGAUGGAUUAAUUUUACACGUUACAGCUGGUGCUGAUAUACAUGCCUCACUAGAACGAAAAAGAGCCUUAUGAGCUUCAGACUUCAAUCGCAACCUAUCCCAAUAGCGUGUGGAGAGGAUAUCAAAAAUCUCUACUCAUUUUAUAAAUCUGUAGACGAUUAUUUGUACUAUGUCCCAACGUUGUUAAAAGCAAUUGAAGGGACUUUCAAAAUUAUUCAUAUGUUGAACGCAGAAUAUCCGUCAGAAGCUGAGCCUUUGUGGUUAAUUAUCCAAAGAGGGAUCUUUGGUUUAGAAACGAAAUUUGACAAAUCGUAUUCCGAUGUUAAUGUCAUCUUGAGCAUCCUAGCUGCCUAA